AAGAAAAAAAAAAACUGUUUCGCCUUUGGCUAAGAAAAAUUGAAAAUCUCGCAAUAGGGUUUUCAGUUAUUCCAAUUGAAAGCCAUGUAUAUAAACCCUUGCUAUGUUGGUUACCCAGUCCCACGUUCUAAAACUGCAAUUGAAGCUUGUUACAGCAACUAGAAUCGGAACAAACCCACUUUCUCUUUUCAAGGUUUGGUCUUUUUUCUGCUCCAAAACCGUAGAACGAGCAGAGGAGAAAGAACACACCCUGAAUUUGUUUUUGCAUGAUAUAGGAACGACAAUGUCUUCAGAUCUCAAUGAUUACAAAAUCAUCAAGGAGGGAGAAGCUGAGAUUCUCAUGCACGCAAAAAAUGAAGUCUUCUAUAACAAAACUCAGGUUAAUAACAGGGAUAUAUCAGUAGCUGUUUUGAGAACAUUUAUAUCGAAAAGGAAGCAAGAGCACGAGGCACAUUUGUACAAGAAAACAAAAGGGGCUCCAAAAGUACCUGAAAAUAGUGAACCUUCUGAAUUGGUUAAGGAGGAGGAACCUGACACAACUCCACCAGAAGAUCAUAAAUCUAAUGGGGAAUGCAAAAUAGAGGAAGAGAUAUCUCCAGAAGAACCUUGCAGCACUAUGGAAGAAGAUUCGGUGAAGGUCACUGAAGAAUGUAGCACUACAGAAGGGCAAAUCAAUCCUUCAGAAGGAAAAGGACGGAGGGAACUGAAGCCCCCGAGAGUUCUUGAGGCUUUGUCUGCAUCUGGGCUAAGGUCUCUCAGAUAUGCCCGCGAAGUGGAUGGAAUUGGUCAGGUUGUUGCUGUGGACAACGAUCAAGCUUCUGUUGAUGCUUGUAGAAGAAACAUCAAAUUCAAUGGUUCAGUUGCAGUUUCAAAAGUUGAGUCUCAUCUUGCAGAUGCUCGUGUAUAUAUGCUAACCCACCCUAAAGAAUUUGAUGUUGUUGAUCUUGAUCCUUAUGGUUCACCUUCUGUGUUUCUGGAUUCAGCAGUCCAAUCUGUUGUUGAUGGAGGUAUGCUGAUGUGUACUGCAACAGACAUGGCUGUGCUCUGUGGGGGGAAUGGGGAGGUCUGCUAUUCAAAAUAUGGAUCAUACCCAUUGAGAGGAAAAUAUUGCCAUGAAAUGGCUUUGAGGAUUGUGCUGGCUUGCAUUGAGAGUCAUGCUAAUCGGUACAAGAGGUAUAUCGUUCCUGUGCUAUCCGUGCAGAUGGACUUUUAUCUACGUGUUUUUGUUCGCAUAUAUACUUCUGCCAGUGCUAUGAAAAACACUCCCCUAAAGCUUUCAUAUGUUUAUCAGUGCACUGGUUGUGAUUCUUUCCACCUGCAGCCCAUUGGAAGGACCAUUUCCAAGAACACCAGCGUUAGAUAUUUGCCUGGUUUUGGUCCUGUUGUUCCUCAAGAAUGCACUGACUGUGGAAAAAAAUUCAAUAUGGGUGGUCCUAUAUGGUCUGCUCCUAUCCAUGACCAAGAAUGGGUGGCUGCUAUUCUAGCAGAUGUGAAAUCUAUGAAAGACAGAUAUCCAGCUUACGAUCGCAUUUCAGCUGUGUUGACUACAAUAUCAGAGGAAUUGCCUGAUGUUCCCCUCUUUUUGAGUCUGCACAACCUCUGCGCAACUCUCAAAUGCACUUCUCCAUCGGCAAUUAUCUUCCGUUCCGCAGUGAUCAAUGCAGGCUAUCGUAUAUCUGGAACUCAUGUUAAUCCAUUGGGGCUCAAAUCAGAUGCACCCAUGGAUGUUAUUUGGGAUAUUAUGCGUUGCUGGGUAAAAAAUCAUCCAGUGAAGCCUCAGCCAGCAGAUCAACCAGGCAGCAUCAUACUUGCAAAGGAACCAGUUCUACAGGCCAAUUUUUCUCGUGCUGUAUCAUCUCUCAGCAAGGCUCAAGCUAAGAAAGUUGCACGCUUUCUUCCAAAUCCUGAAAGACACUGGGGUCCAAAACUGAGGGCAGGUCGUCAAAUUACUAGCAAGCAUGUCUCUCUUUUGGGUCCUGAAGCUAUCAAUGGAGCUCUCAAUCAGGAAGACAACGAAGAACCAAAAAGUAAGAAGCCAAGGACUGAAGAUACUGUCACAUCUUAGCUCAAAAAGUUUUGAAAUUAUUUUCAUCAAUCUAGAGGUCAUGGAGUUCUAAAUUUAUGGUUACUAAAGAAAUCCAUUUGUCUUCACUAAAUUUUGCAGAGGUAAAAGAGUAAAAGUAGAUAAUGUGCCUUGUUUCUCAAUUAACAAGUAUGCAAAAUGCUGAGGGAAGAUUAAGGCACCUUGCAUCAAAUUAGAUGUUAGAAUUUGUCAUUUUUUUUUUUGCUUUUGGGAUUAUUAUGGAAAUUGUACUGUGUGGAUUAUUUAUUCCUAGUGACUAUGUAUUUGUUGUUUCUUAUAGUUGAAGUUUCAAUCUUUGAGCAAAAAGCAAAAUAAAAAAGGAAAUUAAAAAAUU